ACCCAGCAAUUUCAAAGGGCUUCUCAGUUAUAUAUACGUUCCUGAGCAAACUUAUUUUCCUUUCAGUUGAAGCUUUGAAUCAAUAACGUGCCGACUGUUGAGCCAAUAGCUUCGUGCCCUCGGUAGCACCCACCUCACGCGCGCCUCUUUCAAAUACCCUUCGGAGACUGAGUUUUAAGGUGCUAGUGGCGAUUGCUGGUUUUGCAGUUGUUUGCUUUCGAGAGCCUUGUCACUUUGCUAAAUGGCCAAUAAUCCUCGAUUUUCGGGUGCACAGCCUCAUCAGCCUCCUAUAGUAGGUUCAAUGGAACCUCCUCGAACUUUCCUUCCACCAAUGUCUUCUCAAUUCCGACAGGUGGGUCCGGCACAGCAGUCACAGCAGUUCAAUCCUGUGCCUUCUCAACAUUUUUAUCCUGUUGGCCGAGGCGUUCCGCUAAUGAAUGUUGGAUUGCCUCCUCAAUCUCUGCAACCCCAAUUUUCUCAACCAAUGCAGCAGUUUCCUCCACGAGCUGGUCAGCCAGGACAUGCUACACUACCAUCACAGGCAAUUCCAUUGCCAAUUGCUCAGCCAAACAUGCACAUUAUAUCUGAAAAUUUGAUGCCUCAGAUUAAUGCUCAAACUCCAAAUAACUAUUCACCUGGUUUGGGUGGCCCAGAAAGACCUCUCAGUUCAUCAUAUACUUUUGCAUCAUCUUCUUACGGCCAACCACAAAUGAAUUUUAAUACCUCCACCCAUUAUCAGUCUACAUCUCAAAUGCAUGCACCCAAUAUUUCUUCUGGGAGACAACUUAGUUUAUCAUCUGAAAGCCAGAGCACUGCCUCUGCCGCACAGCACAUUGCUGAACAACCUUCAGUUCCCGCUGCCAUUGCAUCGGCAGCAAGCAUCCAGCAUAAUUCCACUAGAGAGGCCCCAACAGAUUGGAUAGAGCAUACUUCUGCUGAUGGAAGAAGGUACUAUUAUAACAAGAAAACACGACUAUCUAGUUGGGAGAAGCCCUCAGAAUUGAUGACGCCACUUGAGAGGGCUGAUGCAUCAACUAACUGGAAAGAAUUUACAAGUCCUGAUGGAAGGAAGUACUACUACAACAAGGUUUCGAAGGAAUCCAAAUGGUCGAUCCCCGAGGAGCUGAAGUUGGCUCGCGAGCAAGUAGAAAAGUCAUCUUUCUUGGGAACACAGCAGGAAACAUUUGGGAAUCCUCCUGUCUCAUAUACUGUUCCUCCCUCCGUGGUUGAAGCACCAUCUGGUGCAGAUACCUUAUCUUCCCCAGCUCAAGGGAUACCAUCAAGCCCAGUUUCAGCGGGACCUGAUGUUGCUGUUAGCCCUGUGUUGGUUUCUGGAUCACCUGCUUCAACUGUUAUAGCUUCUACUAAAGAUGAAAAGGCAGAUGGAGUGCAGACACUUGUAAAUGUUGUUACAAGUUUGGCAUCUGUACCAGAAAGUGUUGAAGCCUCUGUAUCCAUCGCCAGUACCAUUCCUGCAUCCAUGGACGAUGUUGACAACCUUUCGGCUCAAGAUAUUCAUAGCUCUGCAGAUGGAAUUCCUGCAAAAGUCUUAGAGGGAGUUGAUGCGGUUAAAGCGUUGGAGGAAGUCAAGACAGAUGAAAUAGGGGAGAAAAUGACCGAUAGUGCAUUGGUUGCAAAAUCAAUUGAUCCUGAACCCUUGAUAUAUGCCAAUAAGCUGGAGGCUAAAAAUGCAUUCAAAGCACUUUUGGAGUCUACCAAUGUUGGGUCUGACUGGACCUGGGAUCGGGCGAUGAGAGUAAUAAUUAAUGACAGAAGGUAUGGUGCUCUGAAAACACUUGGAGAGCGGAAGCAAGCCUUCACUGAGUUCUUAAGUCAAAGAAAAAAACAGGAAGCUGAGGAAAGGCGCAGUAAACUGAAAAACGCACGGGAAGAAUUUAAACAAAUGUUAGAAGAGUGCACAGACCUGACAUCAUCCACAAGAUGGAGCAAAGCAGUGAGUGUGUUUGAGAAUGAUGAACGUUUUAAAGCUGUUGAACGAGAUAGAGAUCGCAGAGAAUUGUUUGAUAACUACUUGGUGGAACUCAAAAACAAGGAACGAGCAAGGGCAGAUGAGGAACGCAAGCGGAAUAUAAUGGAAUACAGGCAAUUCUUGGAAUCUUGUGAUUUUAUUAAGGCAGACAGCCAAUGGCGAAAACUUCAAGACCGCUUAGAAGCCGAUGAAAGAUGUGCACGUCUUGAAAAAAUUGAUCGCUUGGAUGUUUUUCUGGAACACAUACGUGAUUUAGAGAAGGAAGAGGAAGAGCGGAGGAAGAUACAUAAGGAAGAAUUGAGAAAGGUGGAGCGUAAAAACCGUGACGAGUUCCGCAAAUUGAUGGAAGAGCAUGUUACUGCAGGCAUUCUUACAGCCAAAACCCACUGGCGUGAUUAUUGUGUGAAGAUUAAAGAUUUACCUGCAUAUUUGGCGGUUGCGUCAAACACUUCAGGUUCAACUGCAAAAGAGUUGUUUGAGGAUGUUCUCGAGGAGCUAGAGAAACAGUAUCAUGAAGACAAAACUCGAAUAAAAGAUGCAGUGAAGCUGGGAAAGAUCCUGCUGUCAUCUACCUGGACGCUUGAGGACUUUAAGGGUUCUGUUUUGAAGGAUUUUAAUUCUCCACCAGUAUCAGAUGUCAACCUAAAGUUGGUAUUUGAUGAGUUACUUGAGCGAGUUAGGGAGAAGGAAGAGAAAGAAGCAAAAAAGCGUAAACGCCUUGCGGAUGACUUUGUUCAUCUACUUUGUUCAAUGAAGGAAAUAACUGCAUCAUCAAAGUGGGAGGACUGCAAACCACAGUUUGAAGGGAGUCGAGAGUUCAGUUCGAUAGGAGAAGAGAGCCUUUGCAGUGAAAUAUUUGAGCAAUAUAUAGCACAACUAAAGGAACAGGAAAAAGAACACGAGCAAAAACGGAAGGAGGAAAAGGCAAAGAAGGAAAAAGAGAGGAGAAAGGUCAAGCAGAGAAGGGAAAACGAGGAAGGACGUGAAAGAGAAAAAGAUGAGCAAUUUAAAAAGGAUUUAGCAGACAGUAAAUAUGCUGAUGAAACAGAACUUCAUGCCUGGAAAGAGAACAAAAGAUCGGGAGAAGACAAUAUUAAGAAGCAAAGGAAGCGGCAUCAAAGUUCUGAGGAUAUUGUAGAUGGAAAUGAGAAAGAUCGUUCUAGGAAAUCCCAUGGAUCUACCAGUGACCACAAGAAAUCGAGACGUCAUGCAUCUGCUCCUGAAUCAGAUAAUGAAAGCAAGCAUAAAAGACAUAAGAGAGACCGCCGAAAUGGUUCUCGUAGAUAUGGAGAACAUGGCGAACUUGAAGAUGGGGAAUUUGGUGAGGUUGUUAGUUGAACCGACAGAGUGGCCAUUGGGACUCGAUCUCUUCAUGUACCUUCUUUCGGAAAGGUAAUUGUCUAGGCUGAAAGGCUCUUGUUGGUCCUGGAGAUGUUCUCUUAGCUUUUUGGCAGGUGCUGACUUGGAUGCAGAGGAGGCCAUUAAACCUGCAAACUUGAAAGGGCUCAAGUAGAAGAGAAUACAGGUUCUAGUUUAAGAAGUUGAGAGAAAACAGAGGCUGUAGGCUUACAAUUGGAAUUGAAAGAGCAUCUGCUGCUGAGAUUGAGCAGUAGAAUCUGAUAGGAUAGUAAGAAAUAUAUAUAAGUAAGUGUGAUGGGGAAUGAAAGUGUGUGAGGGAUGGCCCCUACUACACUCAGCAAUCCUGCAGUUAAUUGGGGACAACCAAAAGUUUAGACAAGGCAAUCUUGUAAUGAUUGGUAACACUACCAUGUCAGAACAAUAGAAUCUAAUGAUUGUUGUGGUACCUCUCUCUCCCUAUCUCUCUCAUUGCAAAGAUUAUUUCCUAAAAUAUAUUGUUCCCCUCUGGUUUUGUCAUGUUUUGAAUCACUCAUAAUAACAUUACUGAUGGGAGUAGAAAUCUACUAUUCUUUAAUCUA